UUGUGACAUUGACAGAAAAAUGUCAAGCAGGUCAACAACAACAAUAAUUGUUAAUUGCCAAAUAUUGUGAUAUGGUUUGGUAUUUAGUUAUAUAUUUAUACUAGUCACGUUCGUACACUAAAACUCCGGUUUGAAGAAGUAUAAUAUGCAGGAUUUUAUGAAGUUUUGAUUCCAAAGAACUUAAAAAAAAAUAGGUUGAGUGUGCAUCACCAUGAAUCCCAUGACAAAUGUUAAGAAUGUGUUGAAAUUGAGUGAGAGGGAACUGACUGGUAACUCUAAGACAUCAUGGCAUGACCAGUACAAGGACAGCGCUUGGAUAUUUAUCGGUGGUAUGCCUUAUGAUUUAACAGAGGGUGAUGUCAUUUGUGUAUUUUCUCAGUACGGUGAAAUUGUUAAUAUCAAUUUAGUAAGGGAUAAGGCUACUGGUAGAUCAAGAGGAUUUGCUUUUCUUUGUUAUGAAGAUCAGCGGUCAACCAUAUUAGCUGUAGAUAAUCUCAAUGGAAUUAAGAUUCUUAAUAGAACAAUUCGUGUUGACCAUUGUGAGCAAUAUCGGGCUCCUAAUGCUGACAUGUCAAAAGUUGAUGAAUUGACAGCUGCAGUGAGGGCUGAAGGAUGUGCUCCAGUUGCACCUAAGUUAGAAGUGGAUACUAAAAUUGUUAAGCAGGUAAAACUUUAUAUCUGUAUAAUAUUUGUAGCAUAUUCAUGCCCAAUAUUCUCUGAUCUCUAAUGUGUUAUUGAGAAG